UCCUGGACCUGCUGAGGGUGCCAGAGGGGAUGGCCGGCAGCAGCGAGAAGACCACUGGGGAAGUGAGGACCAGGGGGACAUCUGCAGACCAAAAAUAAGUACGGGACAGGAGAACCACCGAUGAAGCAUGGGGAGUCACAGAGAGCGGUCAGAAACCUAGUUAAAUGAGCUACACCAGGGACUUGAAAGAACUUCCAGAUGGGAGAAGGGAGGACAAGAAGAGACCAGAACAAGGUAUUUGGGCCUUCAAUGUGAAGCACUCUUUAAUGAUGGAGGUGGUUGAAGCAAGACAGAAGAGAGAUGAAGAAUUCACAGAGAACAUUGGGCUUCCCAUGAAUCUACUUGAAAAACACAGCCCGUGGCCAGCUUAUGUCACAUACACGUCCCCAAUGGUGAGAAAGCUCAUUGAGAAAAGCAAAGCCAGAGACCUGGAAUGUAUGCAAGCAUUUGAAGAAAGCCAGCGGGCCCCACGGCAGAGCAAACCUUCCUACACAAUGCACUUGAAAAGGAGAAAGUCAUCUACAUCUUCUGGAAACACGAUGUUCAAGGAUACGAUGUCAGAGACCACGUUAUCCGUACUGAGCACGUUUUCACUAUCGUCCCUGGAGGCCGCCCUCGCCCCAGAACCAAUACACUUUCAUACGGAAUCCAGAGAAAACCCCACUGCAAACUAUAACAAGAUCAUCUUCUCUCGAAAACCUAUGAUGAGGACCCUUCCAUACAGCUCACUUCUAGCCAAGGAGAAAAUUUCAAAUAUUUAGCAGGGAAUCCCUACCACCCCCCCUCCCUUUCCCAAGACUAUACAGCAAUUAAGCUCCAUAUGUCACAAAUUUUAUUAUGUCCUUUGAAUGUGAACUUGCCCCUGCUUGUGCAGAGGUUGGCCAGAGACAAACCAGAUCAGAAUGUGGGCCGUGGGUGGGUGGGUGAGCGCCCCCUCUCCAGAAUCACCAUCUGGUUGGGUUGGGAAGCGCCAUGUUCUAGGUUCUGCUGUAGAUGCUUAGAACCUAACUGAGGGCAGGCGGAUCAGUCCUGGUCGGGGCAGGAGACAGAAAUCACCCCAGUUAUUAUGCCAGAGAUAAUAUCAUAUAAAGAAUUACUAACCAGGUAGCUGAAAAGGGCAGGGAGAGGACUCACAGGUAUCAGAGGUGCUAGCACCUUUAGGAAACAGUUCACAAAGCUUCAGAAGGGAAGAUAAUUGGACUUGUUUAAAGUCAGGUGCUUGGAGACAGGCGUGUGGGCUGAAUCUCAGAUUUCUGAGCUAAGGGGGACAGCUGGUUCUGGUGUCUCCGAGCUGGGAGGAAAGUUCCUGCGGAGAUGGUACUUUUGUCUCUGAUGAGGAGAAGGUCUUUAGCUGAGGUUGGUUCCAUGAUUGAGGAGAAAAGCAAACACCGGAGUCCAGUGCUUCUGGAAGGGCUUGACCCUUGAGCGAACAAGAAGCACUGCUAGUGGAAACAGGGACAGGAAGCCAACAGCGGUGAACAGGAAGAAAACCAGGAGAGAAUUACUUCUUGUCUUCCAGCCUCAGGCCCCCUCCCCCCCAGGACCCACAAUGGGCAGAGCCUAUCAGAGAAGAGAGACGGCAUGUUCCCUGCAGAACCCCAACCUUAGCAUCUUUGCGAAGUAUAAAAGGAUAGACUUGAAGCCAAGAGAAUGUAAGCUUCAAAACUGACAUGGUGGGGUUUGCUGCACCUGGCCCCUGAACUUGGCAUUGAGAUUUUUUUUUUACCUCAGAGGGUUUACAAAGUGGCAGUGGGGAUCCGAGUGUCCCCUGCUGAGCAAUGAAGUACUUUCUCUCCUGUAUCUCUCUGAGGCUUACCCUGUGGAGUCGAGGUGGAAGGGGAGAAGUCCCUGGCCAGACCUCAGCUGUCAUCUGUCAGACCACACUUAGGAUUGGCCCACCCAUGCUCUGGGCAGUUCCCAACCGGCCCAGAGCAACUGGUGUUAAACUGAGUCUCAAAGCAGACAGGCUUUGUCUUUAAAUUCAAGGGGGAUCUUGUCAUGAGAGAGAGACCUAGCUGAUCUCACAUUUGGGGUUUAUGGGGGAGCAUGGCUUCCCUGAUAGCUUGUCUCUUCUCUGACCUCACCUUCUAUAUCCAUGUUUGUGAAGUGAUGAAUACCCAUCUUGCUUCCCUCACAGAGGGGCAGAGGAUGUGAGGUGCAAGUGGCUAUGAGUGCCAUUGGAAGAAGGGGAAUCUGCCAGAUGUGCAUUCUCUCCAUACACGAGUCGUGGAGAAGUGUCGGCACUCACCCCUGGCAGUUGUGAGUAGUGUUGGGUGAGCUGCACACAUCAGGAGCUCCAGACCAAUUCCUGGGGUACCCCAUCUUGGCCAGUGUGAACUCUUGCAAAAAUACUGAUGUUUUCCGGUGACU